AUGCAGAGGGAACUGCGCUUUAGGAUCCGGACCCGGAGGCCAGGAGGCCGCUCACCCCUGGUGGCCCCCGCCCCACUGUCCCUGAUUGUGAUGGGCUCGGGAUCCCUGGAGGAACCCACUCCUCACAGCCCUGUGCCCGCCCACUUCAAUCGCACCGCACAUCCCCCGAUGGCGCGGGGCUCGGACCCACCUGCUGCGGCGGCGCCGCGGGGCUGGGGGUCUGGCUUCUUGGUCACCCGAGGCUGCUGCGCCGCCAGCCGCGCCUCGGCUCCCGGCAGCCGGGCCCUCCCCCGGGCCGCUCCACGUGGCCGCUCCACGUCGCCCUCCCGGCUGGAGCCGCCGCCCUGGCCCGAGCAGAGUCCUCAGCGCCAGCGGCUGCUGGUAGGGCCGCCACGCCGCCCCACCCGAACCCCGGCCCUCCGGAUUCCUCCCGCCAAGACGGGAGGGCUGGAGGAUGGGGAGGAAGAGAAGGCGAGGCCUCAACUGGUGACGGGGCUCAGGUUUCUGGCCUUCCUAGAACACUGUCCAGUCACUGUGGAGACAUUCUACCCUACACUGUGGUGUUUUGAGGGGAGGCUACAAACCAUCUUCCACGUCUUAAUGCAGUCUCGGCCCCAAGUCUCUUAGUGGAGUGAAGUCCUCCAAACCCUGGAUGGAGGACAGUUCCUGCUAGACUCGGCUGGCCAGCAUGACAGGAGCCAAUACCCUGACCCUACCACCCAGCCCAUCGUAUUGCUGCUUCCUGGCAUCUUAGGCAGUAGCCAGGAGACAUGUAUCUUGUACCUAGCUAACCAAGCUUUGAGGGAUGGCUAUAGGGCUGUUGUAUUUAAUAACUGGGGCUGCCGUGGGGAAGAACUGCUGGCUCACAGGGCCUAUUGUGCUGGGAGUACUGAACAUCUGGAGACAGUUGUGAAGCACAUAAAGGACCGCUACUCCAAAGCUCCACUUCUGGUUGUGGGCAUUUCUCUUGGAGGGAUACUGGUGUUGAACCACCUGGCACGGACUGGGCAAGCUGCAGGGGUGGUGGCAGCACUGACUUUCUCUGCAUGCUGGGAUUCCUUUGAGACUACCCACUCCCUGGAGACCCCUCUCAACUCACUGCUCUUCAAUCAGCAACUCACUGCUGGCCUCUGCCAAGUUGUGGGCCAAAAUAGAAAGGUGAUUGAAAAGGUGGUGGAUGUAGACUUCGUGCUAUAGGCCCGCACAAUUCGCCAGUUUGAUGAGCACUACACAACCGUGGCCUUUGGCUAUCAAGACUGUGCUGCCUACUACCAAGCAGCAAGCCCAAGAACCAAGGUAGAUGCCAUCCGGGUCCCUGUACUCUGCCUCAAUGCUGCAGACGACCCCUUUUCCCCAGCCAGCACCUUUCCCCUCUAGGCUGCCCAACACUUUCCCCACGUUGCACUGCUCAUCACAGCCCAAGACGGCCACACUGGCUUCAUGGAAGGGCUGUUCCCCAGGCACCACUGCUACAUGAGCCGCGUCUUGCCUCAGUACGCCAGAGCCAUCUUCUGGCACUCAGAGGAGCUGCUUAGCCUCAGGACUCUCCUACCUUCUGAGAGAGGCAAGAGUUGAUAAAAGCACCAUUUAGGGUUUCAGUUC